UGUAUGUCUUUCAGGUACUGUCACAUUGUCAGCAGGAUAGUUUAAGGGUCAGUGAUAGGUUCCCCUCUUCCUCUGUAUAAGCUGCUAAGGAAAUAGUCUUUGUGUGGUGUCAUUUCAGUGUAUUAGAAGUAAAACAUGGAAAUGCGAGAGCAAACCGAAGAUCCUGAACCGAACAACAUCGAAAGUACUGAACCAGACCACAAGAAGUCAACAGAAAAGCCACAGCGCAUCACUGCCUGUCUGGUGAAUGCAGCGUUCUUUGGUGCCCUUGGGUCAUCUUAUCUCUAUGGCUACAACCUGUCUGUCGUCAACGCUCCUGCACUGUAUAUAAAGACAUUUUACAACCAGACAUGGAUGGAGCGCUACGGAGAACCCAUAGGAGCAGACAUGGUCACCAUGCUAUGGUCCAUCACAGUCUCCAUAUUUGCCAUAGGUGGCCUACUUGGAGCACUCUGUGUCACGUUGCUCACGAAACUCAUUGGAAGGAAGGGCACCUUGCUCUUGAAUAACGGCUUUGCAGUGAUAGCUGCUCUUUUGUUAGCCCUGGGGGAGAAGGCUCGAUCUUUCGAGAUGCUCAUCAUCGGUCGUUUCGUCAUGGGGGUGGACUCUGGUAUUGCUCUCAGUGCCCUGCCCAUGUAUCUGGGCGAGAUAUCCCCCAGACACAUGAGAGGCUCCAUUGGCCAAUUCAACUCCAUCCUCAUCUGUCUGGGGGUGUUCACUGGACAAGUCCUGGGACUUCCUGAACUUCUGGGCCAGGAGUCCAGAUGGAACUUCCUCUUUGCCUUCCUGGCCUUGCCUGCCUUGCUGCAGCUCUGUGUGCUGCCCUUCUUACCCGAAAGCCCACGCUUCCUUCUGAUGGAGAGGAGGGAUGAGGCCGGUGCAGAGAAAGCCUUCAGGGCCUUCCUAGGCAAGAAGGACGUGUCCAAAGAGUUGGAGGAGGUGCACGCUGAGGGUCGGGCCCAGAACACCCUGCACAUGGCGUCCGUCACUGAGCUCCUGCUUAACCCCGCCUUGCGCUGGCAGGUCAUCACCGUCAUAGUCACCAUGGCCUGCUACCAGCUGUGUGGCCUGAAUGCCAUCUGGUACUACACCAAUGGGAUCUUGAGGGACUCGGGCUUUGCAGAGAAUGUGAUCCCAUACAUCGUCCUCAGCACAGGCGGAAUAGAAACGCUGGCUGCCGUUGUCUCAGACCAAUAUACAUGGAUGCCCUAUCUCAGUUUCACCUGUAUUUUGGCUGUAAUUGCCUCCUUCUGCUCCGGUCCAGGUGGCAUCCCCUUUGUACUGACCGGAGAGCUGUUUGAGCAGUCGUACCGACCCGCAGCCUUCAUGAUCGCAGGGAUCGUCAACUGGGUCGCCAACUUCGCAGUCGGACUUUUGUUCCCGUUCAUGCAAGAGUCCCUACAGACCUAUGCCUUCCUGGUGUUCCUGGUGGUGUGUGUGCUGGGUGCUGUGUACCUCUACUUUAUUCUGCCCGAGACCAAAAACAAGACCUUUAUGGACAUCAGCCAGAGCUUUGCCAAAAUCAACAAGGUUCCGUUGGUUAACAAGGAAAUUGAGAACGAACUUACCAUCAAGGCUGGGUCAAAGGAAGUAGAAGAAAAUGGAAAAGUCAUCAUCGACGGUGAGAUAGAGAGUUCGUUUUGAAUCAAAGAAAAGCCACCAGGUGUCAGUUUACUGUUGUACAUACUGUAUUUUGAUUCACUGAAGUGAAAUGUAAAUUUUAAGAUAAAGUUUUUCUGCUAGGUGAGUGUACGUUUUUUUUGUAUGCAAUCAUUUUCAAUACAAUUUGAAAAGCACACUUACCGAGAAAAAAACAACAACAGGCAAUUGGCAAACAGUUAUUGCAAAUCUUUGGCUAAUUUGCUGCAAAUUUGCAAAUGAGUUUUGAGGCAAACUUUUGCAGUAAAUUUACAGCGACUUGUGAACUUCUGUCUAACAAUUCUGGGAAACUUGUGGCAAACAUUCUACUGUUUGCUGCGGAUGUGCUGCAAACUCAUUAUGAAUAUGCAAAUUAGAUCAGGUUUUUGGUUACUUUGUGUAUUAACUUUGAAUUGUUGUAUCUACAUAAACCAAAUCACACAUAACGUUAAAUGAACUAAACAUACUAAAUGUGCAAAAUACACUAAACCACAUGUAUUCAAUGUCUUAACAGAUAAAAAAUUAAUCCAAUACAAUUUGAAAUCCUCAGCAUGCUAAUGAAAAUAGCAAAAAUGGAAUAUUUCCCAAAUAAAUUGUUUGCUUAAUCUCUCAUUUACAUGAGAGAGAUGUGGCUACCGCUUUACAUUCUAGCUCGGUAAUAAGAUCUAUUUACUCUGCAAUUAGCUAGUAAUUACCAUUAGUUAACAUAAAUAGUUGCCAUGUUGUUUCCCCCAAUCCUUUCCUGAUAUCCCAACCAGCCCAUGGUUGUUACCUGGAAACAGAGAAGAUCAUUUCUAUGUAAUAACACUGAAUCUGUGCUGGAAAAUGCAUCAUUACCUGUUUCUCUUCAGUUAAACCAUUACAUCCCUUCCCUAUAACGAACAUAACAGUGACAUAUGUCGUUGUAAAGUGACACUAAAUUCCUGACAUGACAAGCAAAGCCCAGUUCACAUUCAGAUUCAUUAUUGACAACAAAGAUAUGCACAAGAUAUGACGGAUAUCACAAUUCAGUGACAUGGUAUAUUCGUAAAGAAUCAAUGGGUAUAUAUUAAUUAUUUAUAAGCCAAACCCUGGAUGUAGCAACUGCAGAUUGCCCCUUUGAUCAAGCUACUUUCUCCUUUCUAUAUGUAGGCUAUUUACAUUAAACCAUAACCUAUAAAAAUGUGAGGAUGUCGUUGGGACCACCUCAGAUUAUUUCAGGAUAAAAUACGGUAAAUUAGGCUACUAGCUAUGUUAGCUAACCCUUUUCUUUCAUUUGUAGCUGUAGGUCUCAAGAAAUGGCAAUUACAGAUGUAAAAAAACAAAAAAAGCUAAAAUACAUAUCUGUCGCUCUGUGAUGACAUCAGAUGUGUGCGUGCGCUCUCCACUCUCUCUCCACCAGUGGAGGCUUGUCACGGUCGUCCUCCUCUUCAUCUGAAGAGGAGAGGCGAGAAGGAUCGGAGGACCAAAAUGCGGCGUGAUAUGUGUUCAUCAUGAAUUUUAAUAAAGAAAACACUGAACACUGAAACACUAUACGAAAACAGUAAACAAAAUAACAACCGUGAAGCUAAUGCGAACUGUGCUGAAACAAGCAAUCAACAUAGACAAUCACCCACAAACAAACAGUGCAACCCAGGCUACCUAAGUAUGAUUCUCAAUCAGAGACAACUAAUGACACCUGCCUCUGAUUGAGAACCAUACUAGGCCGAAACAUAGAAAUCCCCAAAUCAUAGAAAAUCAAACAUAGACUGCCCACCCAACUCACGCCCUGACCAUACUAAAUAAAUACAAAACAAAGGAAAUAAAGGUCAGAACGUGACAGGCUGCUUAGGAGAGGACGGCUCAUUGUAAUGGCCGGAACGGCAUCAAUGGAAUGGCAUCAAACACAUGGAAACAAUGUGUUUGAUGUAUUUGAUACCAUUCCACUUAUUCUGCUCCAGCCGUUACCACAACCACGGCUUCCCAAUUAAGGUGCCACCAACCUCCUGUGCUCUCCAGUGCAGUCUACUUUCUGAGAAGAGGUUGCUAAGUUAGCUAUUUACGAGUGAUCCAUUGUAUAGUGUAGCACAUUAAUAUUUAGCAUUUAUGUACAUUUCUUAAAUAUUUUCCUUAUGUUGUUGUGUUAUUAGCGAACUAGAGGUUAUUAGAUAGUAUUGUAUGAAAAUAGUUUUAUACCUACUGUCAGACACAGGUUGACUAGCUAUUUAGAUACCUAUCUAGGCUAGAUCUAUGGGCUAGCUAUAAAUAUUUGCUUAACAAGUGACAUAAUAAGUUGUAUGGACUCACUCUGUGUGCAAUAAUAGUGUUUAAAAAACAUGAGCUGGCGCACACCCAGAAUCUUUGUUUUGUUUGGAGGUGUGUACUAAUGGCAAAUAAACUAUAAAAAUAGAG